CACCGUAGUUCCACUGCUGAAUUGCUCCUCGCGACGAGUAACAGCUCCAUGACGCCGCGUUCAAUGUCGAACAGCUUGAGCCUGACGGCGUCUUCUGCUCUUCCCAAGAUGUUGCCUGGUUUGAUGAUGUCUUCAUCUGGAAUAACCCCGCCGGGCAAGCCCCACGCGCUACCGCCCUUGAGCAGAAAAAUGGGUGACGGAGAUCGACAUGGAACUGGAGACAUUUUUUCAUCUGGAGAAGACAUGUCAACACAUCAAGAUAACAUCGGCCGUGGUGGUCACCAGGACCUGCAGCUAGCGCAGAGUAAAAAAUCAACAGCACAGUAUAAGAACGACGUGCAGGACGACGCUGACCACCUUGCUGGUGCUGCCCCAUCAUCAGCGGGAUCAGUAGCAGGGACGAUGUCGGUGAAGAACGUCGCACAUCAGAAGAAGGACAAGAUGCCAGCAGGAGGUCUUCCCUCGUCAGCCGGCACUUCUCGCACUGGUCCAGCACCCGGUGGAGGUGAAUUUCUCCUCCCCGCCAGCUCUUCGUCUUCCAAAGAGAGUGUGAAGAGCAACGUGAGCAGUUCGGGUGGGAAUGUGGAACAAGAAAAGGACUACAUGCGACGUGGCGGUGGUGGAGCUCCUCCUGGUCUUGCAGGAGCAGCUCCCGUUCACCUGACAACAUCAACGGCGAAAAAAGUGCCCAAGUUGCAGCUCAGUCUCGGCAGCGCCACGGGAACGGGUGUGGCGGGG